AUGGAAGUAAAUUCUGUCGCGGUCUCGGACACGGUUCUUUUAAAAUAUUUAAUUGAUGUUUGCGAUUUUAGAAGGACAAGCGAACAAAAAGAACUGGAAGCAUUUCAUUCUUGCGCAGUUGUUUCGACUGUUUAUGGCUCCAGUUGCUCUAGAGCAUUCAGUUCUUUUCAACCUGAGAAUCCAGCCGCAAAAGUACAUAAAAUUCAGCAUUUUAUUGCGAUAGCAUGA